AUGGAAUUCCUUCUCUACGAAGGGCCUAUGGGCUAUGCGUUGUUCAAAGCCACUCACCAGCCCGACACCGUCGGGAAUAGGUUGAAAGAGGUUCAGAACAGCGUACAAGAUCUUGCUAAAUUUGGCAAGAUGGUGGACCUUGUCAGUUUCUUACCAUUCGAGAAUGGCAAGCAAGCUUUGGAAGAGCUUCACGACAUUUCCGAAGGGAUCGCGUCUGACUACCUGAAAUCUUUCCUCGAACUGAACCUGCCGAAACCGGGGAAGAAGAACAAAGUGACAUUGGGGGUGUCGGACAAGAUUCUGGCUGGCAGCAUCAAGAGCGCUUUCCCAAAUAUCGAGUGUGAAACUGGCGACACGAGUGAAGUUGUUCAGGAUAUGCUACGGGGUAUUCGCCAGCAUUCGGAGAAGUUGCUGAAGCAGCUCCGUGAGGGUGACACCGGCACAGCCCAGCUCGGUCUGGGUCAUGCGUACUCCAGAGCAAAGGUCAAGUUCUCCGUGCAGAAGAACGACAACCACAUUAUCCAAGCCAUCGCUAUUCUGGACCAGCUGGACAAGGCGAUCAACACGUUCUCUAUGCGUGUGCGCGAGUGGUAUUCGUGGCACUUUCCAGAGUUGGUCAAGAUCGUGUCGGAAAACCACAAGUACGCACAAGUUGCGCUGUUUGUGAAGGACAAGAAUUCUCUGUCUGAUGACCGUCUUCAUGAGCUUGCCGCAAUUGUGGGUGAUGACGAAGAUAUUGCCAAGAGCAUCAUUGAUGCCGCGAAGACGAGUAUGGGUCAGGAAAUUUCUCUUUCGGAUAUGGAGAACGUCACCUUGUUUGCGCAGCGGGUGGUCAGCCUGGCAAAUUACCGAAAGACCCUCCACAGCUACCUGGUGUCCAAGAUGAGCGUGGUUGCACCAAACCUGGCAACCCUUAUCGGAGAGAUCGUGGGAGCUCGACUUAUCUCCCAUGCAGGCAGUCUCACCAACCUGUCCAAGUACCCCGCCUCGACCGUUCAGAUAUUGGGAGCAGAGAAGGCCCUCUUCAGGGCUUUGAAAACCAAAGGCAACACUCCUAAGUAUGGUCUGCUGUAUCACUCCUCGUACAUCGGACGAGCGGGUCAGAAGAAUAAAGGACGGAUAUCACGUUUCCUCGCAAACAAGUGCUCUAUUGCGUCCAGAAUCGACAAUUUCUCCGAGACUCCAUCCACGGCGUUCGGCCAGGUGUUGAAGAAGCAAGUUGAAGAGCGGUUAGAGUUCUACGCGUCUGGAACACAGCCCACAAAGAAUGAGGUUGCAAUGAAAGAAGCGAUGGACAAGGUACUUGAGGACAUGGAUGUCGAUGAGCCUUCGAAAGUGGACGAGGAGAUGUUCGACACCGAGCCAACUUCUGCCCGUAAACAGGAAAAGCGCGAGAAGGACAAGAAGGAGAAGUCGAAAGAUAAGAAGGAGAAGAAAGAGAAGCGUAAAUCCGAAGGUGGUGACGACGUAAGCGAAAAGAAGAAGAAGCGAAAAUCAAUUGAUGGAGACGGCGAGGCCGAGGGGAAGAAGAAGAAGAAGAAGUCUAAGGAAUGA